AUGGCGCAGUACGGGUACGGCGGCCAACAAAACCCCUUCGACGAUCGGGCGGCCACGAACGAUGGCUACGGAGGCGGUCUCCCAUCGCGACCAAACUAUGGCGCGAACAAUGUCGAGAUGUCUUCCUUCCCCCAGAAUGGCGGCUCCUACGGGGCCGGCAACCCCAAUUCCGUCCUAAACGAGGUUUCCGAAAUCAACCGCGGGAUCGAUACGAUUGACCGAAACCUCGAUCAACUCAAGAUGCUCCAGCAGAGGGCCCUCGACGACGCCGACGCCUCAGCCUCGAGCAACACCAAUCGCCAACUCGAUGCGCUGAGCACCGAGACCAUGGCCCACUACCGGUCGCUGACCGAGCGGGUACGACAGCUCAAGAGCAGCCCUGAAGGCCAGCAGAAGUUCGGCCAGCAAGUUCGCCGAGUCGACGGGAGGCUAAAGGAUGCUAUCCGGGCCUACCAGGGUGUCGAGUCCGCCUUUCGGAAAAAGACACAGGAUCAGAUGGCGCGGCAGUACCGUAUCGUACGGCCCGAAGCCGACGAAGCCGAAGUGCGAGCUGCCGUCGAGGACCAGACUGGCGGCCAGGUCUUCCAACAAGCCCUGAUGCAGAGCAACCGGCGUGGCCAAGCCCAAGCUGUCUUGAGCGCCGUCCAAGACCGACAUGCCCAAUUGAAGAAGAUCGAACAGCAGCUGCUCGAGCUCGCGCAGCUGUUCCAAGACAUGGACACGCUCAUCAUACAGCAGGACGUCGCCGUUACCAACAUCGAGCAGAAGGCCGAAGAGGUGGUCGAGAAUCUCGAUAAGGGUAACCAGGAGAUGGUCGUCGCUGUCGACACGGCGAGGAAGACGCGGAAGAAGAAGUGGAUCUGCUUGGGUAUCGUCGUCGCGAUUAUCCUUAUCAUCGUCAUCAUAGUCGCGGUGUACGUUUCCAUCACCAACGCGGGCAAGUCGGCCCCGGCCAAGCGCAGCGUCGUCGAGCCGGAAACGCUGUCGCGGCUCGGGGGCGUCCCGGUCUCUCGGAUGCUUACCGAGGUGGCCCAAGUAAAGUCGAAGCGGUUGGUUCCCGGGCCCCAUUGGCAAUUAGGCGCAUGAUAAAUCUUGGUGGCUAUCGAAUCAAGGAAGCACCUUGUCAGUAUCGGCCCAGGAAGCGUUACCUUACAUUGUCUACAGCUGCAUCCCUCGGGUCGCCUGUCUGAUCAAUGAGAUUCUCGAAAUAAAACCGCACGGGCCACGAGAUGGAGGGAGUCAGUCGGAGAGAGAGGGAUAUCGGCUUAUCACAGUACCCACGAACCCAGACACGUAAAUUCGCUUCGUGUUCGCUUCGCAUCUUACCACCGCUCUCGUCAUUUAUAUAUAUAUUUAACUCUAGAGUCCUUGCCUCGUAAUUCGGGACCUGUCCGGACCGGGUUCGUCCCACGUCAUCGGGUGGGCAGGCCGAGCUCAACCUUGCAACACCCACGGAUGAAAAGAAAUAAGAGGGGAGGCAGAGGAGGAGGGGAUUGUCUCUAGUAGCUUUCUUGCUGUUGCUACCCGAUGUUGGAAGCUAACUAUAUAUAUCCCUUGUGUAUCUGGUUCUGCUGCUACUAGAGUCGGCACGCGCGCCUGGAGAAAGGCGAGGGG